UCCGUAAUAAAAGUGGUUUGGCGGAUUAAUGCUGCAGAGACACAGAAGGAAAUUGUGAGAAUUUAACAGUUUUUAAGAAUAGUUAAUUUCUUAAAAUGGUUCGAAUUGGAAUUGUUGGUUACGGCCAUCUUGGACAAUUUUUAAUGGAGAGCAUUAACAAGCAUACAGAUCUUGAGUUAGCCUGGGUUUGGAAUAGAUCAGAUAUAAGUGAGAAAAUAGAGGAAAGUCUGAUCUUGAGAGAUUUAAACGAGUGUGCGCGCGGUGAACCGGAUGUUAUCGUAGAAGUGGCGCAUCCUGAUAUAACAAAACAGUUUGGAAAGCUUUUCCUUCAGACUGCAGAUUUUAUGAUUGGGUCUCCGACAGGUUUAGCGGAUGGUAUUCUGGAACAGGAAUUAAAGACUGCAGCAACAAAACAUGGUUUAUAUAUUCCUACGGGAGCUUUCUGGGGUGGAGAUGAUAUCAGGAAAAUGGCUGAACUAGGAACUCUUGAAGGAUUAAUAAUUACAAUGAAAAAGCAUCCCUCCAGCUUUAAACUAAAUGGGUUUCUGGCAGAAAAGAAUUCUGCUGUAAAAGAUGAAAGUGUAGAGUUGUACCGCGGUCCGGUACGGGAACUCUGCCCUCUAGCGCCAAACAACGUAAACACAAUGGCGGCAGGAGCUGUGGCUGCAACUAAUCUUGGAUUCGACAAAACAAUUGGCUGUCUGGUAUCUGAUCCCAGCCUGAAGGAUUGGCAUAUCAUCGAGGUCGAGGUUCAAGGACCUCGAGGCCCUGCUGGAGGACAGUUUACUGUCAGGACGGAACGAAAGAACCCUGCUUCUCCAGGAGCAGUUACAGGAUCAGCAACAUACGCAUCCUUUCUAUCCUCCCUUCUCCGGGUAGGAGGAAGAGGAGGUGGGUUCCAUCUCUGCUAAACCUUUCUAUCCCUACUCCGGGAAGGGGGAAGAGAAGGAUGUUUCUAUCUCCGCUAAUCUUUUUUAGCCUUCCUUCUCCGAGUAGGCGGGAGAGGAGGCGGGUUCCAUAUCUGCUGAUUCUUCUCUUGGUAGGUGGAAUUGGUUCCAUUUUCCUAUCCCUUCUUCGGGUGGGGGAAUAGGAGGCGGGUUCAAUCUCACUGCUAAACCUUCCUAGCCUUCCUUCUCCGGGUAAGAUGAAGAGUAGGUGGGAUUCAUCUCUGCUAAACCUUCCUAUCCUGCUUCUCCGAGUUAUCAUAAAAAGUGCCUCAUCAAUCAUCAUAAUGGAAAAUCAUGAAAGGAAUUGAGACUUUGCCACAAACUCUGAUUUUCUAAUCUCUAUGCCGUAUAGACCUUGGAUUUAACAACUUUGAAUUCUGUUAGAUAAAAUGAUAAGUUUGAAAUAUCAAAGGUUUACGCCUCAAGGUUGCAAACAUAAAAGAAUAUAGAAGUGUCUUUGUAAAUGAACAGUAAUAAAAUAAAUGCUUUUCUUCAAAUUUAUGA